AUUAUUUCUACACUAACGUGCUUUCGCUAUUACGAAAGUGUGGCUGGUAAUUCGUUCAGGUUUAAACUACAUCGUUUAGUCAGUGCUUUAUUAUAGUGGAAGUUUACUAAAUGAUCGUGUCUAAAUUGUCUCUUAAGAGCCACAAAUCUGCUUAUUUCUAAAUAUUAUUGCACCUAACAGUAAGAAAAAGAAAUGAAGAAAACAGGUUUGUGGUAACAUUGAGAUGGUGACUGCAGAUUCAAGAUUUAUAAAGAACUUUGUCAGAUUUUGAAAACAGAAGACGGACAUUAUUCAAGAACCCUAUUAAUUGUUCUUUCAUCAUCAUCAUCAUUUAACAUCUGUUUUCCAUACUGGCAUGGGUUGGACAGUUUGACAGAGGCUGACUAGGCAGAAGACUGCACCAGGCUUCAUUGUUUUGGCAGUGUUUUUAUGGCUGGAUACCCUUACUAACACCAACCAGCGAUAUAACCUUGAUUUUUUGUGAAAUUAAGAUUAAAGCUAUAAACAGUUUAUAAUUGAGUUAUGGAACAUGAAGAUUUCAUUGGUUUUGUUGGGAAGUCUUUUAUAUCUGUAUAGCUUGAGAACUGGAGUCAGUUUUCAAGUUGCUGAUUUUUAAUUCCAAGAUUGAACUCUAGCAAGAGAAACUGUCCCAAUAAAAUAUCUUAAAACUGUUUCUUUACAAUUGAGACAUCUACAGACUUUGUCAAGUAUCAUGUUUUUUUGUUUUCUCAGUAAGAGAAAAUACAUGGUAAAUAUUUAUUGAAAAGUUUCAGAGAAUUUAGUUUCCUUCAGUACACAUUUGAAAUUAAACAAACAUUUUUAGAUAUUUGUAAGAAAAUUAUGGAGGAUAAACUGGAUGAAAGCCAGGCUUCUGAAAAACAACCUGAAUCUGAUGACAUAACUAAUCAGGAGUGUGUAGAUACACAGAAGAAAGCCUAUCAUUUUGACAUUCGUAAGAAGACAUUCUCACAAUAUAAUGUCCUUCUUACAAGCAUAAAACUUAAAUAUUCUAAAAUGUGUAACAAAACAUCUGCUAAAAAUCGUUCAUUCUCUAAGGGUGUUCAAUCAGAUCAGACUGGUUUUGAAUGCUUAAUCUGUGGUAAAACAUUUUCUCGGAGAUGUUAUCUGAGAAGGCACAAAACUAUACACAGAAGUAUUAAACCAUAUCGAUGUGACAUUUGUGAUAAAGCCUUUUCUCAGAGCAGCACUUUGACUAAUCAUAGACGUAUUCAUACUGAUGAAAAGCCAUAUCAUUGUAAGGUUUGUGGCAGAAGGUUUACACAGAAUGGUCAUUUGAGUAGACACAAGUAUAUUCACUCAGGAGAGAAACCACACCGCUGCGACAUCUGUGGGAAAUCGUUCUCACAGAUUGACAGUUUAACUCGUCACAAACUUAUUCAUACGGGAGAAAAACCAUAUCAGUGUGGUAUUUGUGGUAAAACAUUCUCUCGAAGCUCUUAUCUGAAUGUUCACAAAUCAGUUCACACAAAUGAAAGGCCACAUCGUUGUGAUGUCUGUGGUAAAGCAUUCUCUGGAAGAAGUACUUUGACUAAUCACAAACGUAUUCACACUGGGGAAAAACCAUACCAUUGUGGUAUCUGUGGUAAAACUUUCUCUGGAGGUAAUAGUUUGACUAGUCACAUACAAGGUCACACAGGAAAUAAACCAUACCACUGUGAUAUUUGUGGUAAAACAUUCUCUAGCAGUAGUAGACUAACUAAUCACAUACGCAUCCACACAGGUGAGAAACCUUACCACUGUAACACCUGUGGUAAAGCAUUUUCUCAAAAUAGCCAUUUAACUCAACAUGUACGGGUUCAUACAGGUGAGAAGCCACACCACUGUGAUAUAUGUGGUAAAACAUUCACUCAAAGAGGUCAUUUAACGAUUCAUAUACGUGGGCAUACAGGUGAAAGGCCAUAUAGCUGUGAUAUUUGUGGUAAAGCUUAUGCUGAUAAUCAAAGUUUAACUCGUCACAAACCUGUUCACACAGGUGACCAUCCACAUCGUUGUGAUGUUUGUGGAAAAGCAUUCACUCAGAGCACACAUUUAAAAAUUCAUCUUCGUGGCCACACAGGUGAAAGACCAUUUAGUUGUGAUAUUUGUGGUAAAACAUUCUCUGAUAAUCAGCAUUUAACUCGUCACAGACCUGUUCACACAGGUGAGAAACCAUAUGGUUGCGAUAUCUGUGAUAAAACUUUCUCUAUAAAAAGGAGUUUGGCUAAUCACAAGAAAAAGGUACAUGGAAAACAAACCAUAAAACAAGAGAAAUAGUUGGAAAAACUUGUAUAAAUUCAUAUAUUAUGACACCACAAAGAAAUUCCUGUAAAACAAUGCAAGGAAAUUUUAUAUAUUACAGAGAAUUAAUGAAAGCCAUGCUUAUAUAAUGUUACCUGAGUUAUUUGAGAAUAUUUUGUAAUAUCUGAAAUUAAAUUAUAAAUCACAGUGUUAUAAUAUCUCGUAAUUGUUAAUAUUGUAAACCAAUCAGCUGUAUCAAAUACCAGCCAGAUGGUCGAGAUGAUUGAACAAUUCUUUAAUGAAAUUAUACACACAGAUUGAUUAUUAAAAAAAAAGCUUCACUGUAAGGUUUUCAGGUUAUAAUUUUUUUUUUUUCAGACAAUCAUAAGUUGAACAUUAAUUUUUUUCCCCCAGUUGUACAUGUAACAAUAUUAACAUUUAUAUGGUACAAUGUCAGUGUAAUUACCAAAUGAAUUGUAAUAUUUUAUAAUUAAACUUUAUGUAAAUGUGAUUCACUUUA